UGCCUCAUACCGCAUAACCUAACCUUUCCUCAUUCUCCUCUCCGUUCUCUCUUUCUCCGGUCACCCGCCGGCGACAGAGGCACACAGAACGGGGUUGAGAAGCUGCGCUGCGUUUAGCGUGUUACGUGAAUAAUGUGGCAGACAAAAACAGAUUGUGCUGUUGCGACAAUCGCAAUCGUGCGUGUAAGGCGAAUAAUGCGUUAAGUGAUGGUGAAGACGAGAGAUACAGCAGCGUCAAUGACGGACGUCAUAGAGGAGCAGGGAAACAUGGCUCUGUCAAAUGCCCAGGAAGAGAGAAUCUUCGUUUCCAUAAGAGUAAGGCCUUUGAACGAGAGAGAAAAGGCCAGGCAUGAUGUUUCCGAUUGGGAAUGCAUUUCUGGCAACACCAUCAGAUACAAGAACAACGGCCAUGCGGAACCGCGACCACUCUCAAUGGAUACCUAUGCCUUUGAUAGGGUAUUUGGGGAGAAGUGCAAUACAAAGCAGGUUUAUGAACAAGGGAUUAAGGAAGUUGCUCUUUCAGUAGUUAGGGGUAUCAACUCUAGCAUUUUUGCAUACGGGCAAACAAGCAGUGGAAAGACACACACCAUGUCUGGCAUUACUGAAUAUGCUUUAAGGGACAUAUAUGAAUACAUAGAGAAGCAUAAAGACAGAGAAUUUGUUGUAAAAUUCUCUGCCAUGGAGAUCUAUAAUGAAGCUGUCAGAGACCUUCUCAAUGCAGGUGCUACUUCACUAAGAAUUCUAGAUGAUCCAGAGAAAGGGACUGUUGUUGAGAAACUCACAGAAGAAACACUGACAGAGAGGAGACAGUUGCAGCAACUCCUUUCAAUAUGUGCAGCUGAAAGGACAACAGAAGAGACGGCCAUGAAUGAAACUAGCUCCAGAUCUCACCAAAUUCUUAGAUUGACAGUUGAAAGUAAUCCUCGUGAUUAUGCAGACACCGCAAGAUCUGGAGCUCUAUUUGCCAGUGUGAAUUUUGUUGAUCUAGCAGGAAGUGAGCGUGCUUCUCAAGCAAUGUCAGCAGGCACAAGAUUGAGAGAAGGUAGCCACAUAAAUCGCAGUUUACUGAGCCUUGGAACUGUAAUUCGGAAACUAAGCAAGGGAAGAAAUGAACACAUACCUUACAGGGACUCAAAGCUUACUCGCAUUCUGCAGAACUCUUUAGGUGGUAAUGCCAGAACAGCGAUCAUUUGUACCAUUAGUCCUGCAAGGAGCCAGAGUGAGCAAUCAAGAAAUACUCUGCUUUUUGCUAGUUGCGCAAAACAGGUGACUACUAAUGCUCAGGUCAAUCUAGUGAUGUCAGACAAGGUUUUGGUAAAGCAACUACAAAAUGAAUUGGCUAGAUUGGAGAAUGAGUUGAGGAGCUUCACCCCAAAUACCAUGUUACUUAAGGAGAGAGAACUUCGGAUUCAACAGAUGGAAAAAGAGAUAAAAGAAUUGACUCGGCAACGUGAUCUCUUUCAAUCUCGUGCUGAAAAUAUGGUCCAGUCUGUUGGGAAAGAUAGGCUUUUAAGAGGAGCAGACAAAGAUUCCGCCUCAGAAUCUACAGGUGUUGCUAACGAUCUUCUUCGCAGGACAGACAGCGCAUCUGAGAGUCUGGACAGAACAACAUCCAGUUUACUGCACACUGCGAAUUCUGAAGAGGACUUUCUCUUGGAUGGCAAUUCUCCCACGUUUGCUGGUCCUGACCCAUGUCAUGGUUGGGAGGAGAUGACCACAAGCAGAGAAUCUGAAGAUAACUACAAGGAAGUUCCAUGUAUUGAAAUAAAAGAAGUGGAGACAGAACACAAAACAGAUGUUAAUAAUACGCCCCCCAUUCCUGUUUCUGAAGAAAAUGGAGGAAAUACACCCAUGAUACAAGUUGUGAAUGUAAAUGCCAAAUCAUCCUCAGGAAAUGAGCCUAUAGAGUUGACUCCUGUUGCCAUAGAUAAUACUCAAGGUGCUCUGCAGGGAAAAACUGAGGAGAGCCUUCAAAAUACCAAAGACCUUGCUGUGGACAUCACUAAGAAAUCCAAUGGGUCCUCUGAAUCCGAACCACGUAUUUCGAAUGCCAUGUCUCCUCCUCAAAUAGAUAAGGAAACUUCAACCCAUCCUCAGAUCAGUAGUAACUUGGAGCAGAAUGAGUCACCUCGGUUUAAUAAGCUGGACCAGGAAUCCGCCUCACCUCCUCGGUGUGAUGUGCAAGAGCUUAAAACUACGUUACCUCCUCAACUUGAUAAGCCGGAUUCUACUAGUUUGGUUUGCUUUGAGGACAAGCUACCUGAAUCGAAGUUACAAGCCGCAAAAAGAAACUCUUCCCGAAAAUAUUCUCCAAUUCACUAUAGGGAUGCUUCAGUUGAAGAUGUAGAAUCCCUUUGGGAUUCUGAUGCGGAGGAUACUGCCAGCGUCCUUAAUUUUGUUGGAAGAAUGAAUAAAAGGGCUAAGCAAAAGGCAUUCAACAAGGACAUGGAUGAUAUUAUGGUACGUGCAAGGACAUCUGGAAUCAAUAAACGUGUGAACAAAGUAAUAGGUGUCAAUUUUGAGAGGCAGCAGAGAGAUACAAUCCAACUUUGGGAUGCAUGUAAUAUACCGUUGGUGCACAGAUCCUAUUUUUUCCUUCUCAUCAAAGGUGAACUUGCAGAUUCUGUGUACUUUGAUGUAGAGCUCAGACGUUUGUCCUUCCUUAAGGACACGUUUUUUAGCACUACAAACAUUGCAGGACAUGGUUCGGAUGUCACACCUAAUUCAAGGCACGUAAAUACUAAUCCAAAAAGUGUCUAA